AUGCGUACCUCCGCUGUUUUCACAUCCGUUUUAUCCCUAGCUUUACUUUCCAAGGAAGUCCUAGCUACUCCUCCAGCUUGUUUGUUGGCCUGUGUUGCUCAAGUUACCUCGGGCUCUUCCCAAUGUAACACUCUAAGUAACAUAGACUGUGUUUGCUCAAAUGAGAACUCUGCCGUCAAGAGCUGUUUGGACUCCAUCUGUCCAAACGGUAACGCUGAUGCCGCUUACACUGCUUUCAAGAGCUCUUGUUCCGAUCAAAACAUUUCUCUAGGUGACUCAUCCUCAUCCUCAUCCUCAUCCUCAGCUGCCUCCUCUUCAUCCUCCACUAGUGCAUCCUCCUCUUCCUCUUCCUCCUCUUCUUCUUCCUCAGCUGCUUCCUCUUCCUCCACCGUUGCCUCUUCUACUGAAGCUGCUACUUCUACUGAAGCUACUACCACAUCCACUACUUCUUCUUCCUCUGUCGAAGUCGAAUCUUCUACUGAAGCUCCAGCUACUUCUUCUACCAUCACCUCUACUUCUCAACAACCAACUACUUCUACCGAGGCUACUACCUCUGCUCAAAGCUCCACCAACUCUAUCACUGUCUCCCAAGGCGCCGGUAACCUUCUACAAUUAGGUGGAUCUCUAGCCGUUGUUGCUGCCGCUGCUCUAUUGAUCUAA